CGCCGUACCUGCCCGUGCCGGAGGACGCGGCCGGCGCGGCCGGGGGCGGCGCCUGCCCGAUCUGCCUCGAGCGGUUCGAGAUGAAGUGGCUGGACGAGGCGCAGGAGUGGGUGUGGACGGACGCGGUGCGCGUCGGUGGCAGGGUCUUCCACGCCAGCUGCCACCGCGAGGCCGCGGGGGUCGGGGCCGGGAUUGGGGCCGGGGCCGGGGCCGGGUCGGGGUCGGGGUCGGGGCUGGGAUCGGGGCCGGUGUUGGGGAAGAGGAAGGCUGAGGAUGAGGCCGGUGGAGUUAGAGGCCGGGUAAAGUUGGAGGGGUAGGCAACUGACGACGAGGAGGGUUUGACGCGACGAGGGGUGUGAGAAGAGAUUCGAAGUGGUUUUGACGGAGCUCUCUCGUGGCGCAUGGAGCGGGCUCUGAUACUUUGGCAUUGGCAGUCUUGGACGCUGAUGGGGGGCUAUCACUGGAAGACUAGUCUGGCCUGCCUCUGGGUCUGUCUCCCCGACGACGAUCGGGACCUGCGCGUUUGGUGGAACAUUGCUCGAGAGUUGCUUGGACCAGGAACUGUGCUGGGCGGUGAAACGUCCCUUGGCCAUGGAGAUCGUAAUACAUAUCUUGCCUUG